AUGUCGGAGAAGCCCAGCGCAUCUGCUGCUGGCGAGCCCCCUGCAACCGCACCUUCAUCAGCUUCUGCCAGCAAUGCACGGUCGAAUGGCUCGUCCUCGACGGCUGCGCCGAAGGGCACAGCAAAUCAGGGCAAUCCAGCGUUCAGGAUGAUGGGCCUGCCUAGACUACGAUUACCCUCCCGCAACUGGCUCAUCUUUUUGUCCAUCACUGGCUCCUUUGCAUCCGCAGUCAUCUACGACAAGUAUCAGACUCGCCGGGUCCGCGAAAAGUGGUGCAACCUCGUAUCCCACAUCCCGAACGAACAUCUUGACCCCAAGAGUUUGCCGCGGAGGGUGACCAUCUACCUGGCAGCUCCACCGGGGGAUGGCCUUAGAACGGCACGCGAGCACUUUCACAACUACGUGAAGCCUGUUCUGGUGGCCGCGGCGAUGGACUGGGAUGUUGUUGAGGGGAGGAAAGAGGGAGAUGUCAGGUACAAGACUGCAGAGCGGAUACGGAAGAGAAGAAAGAAGAAUGGCGAGGGAGAGCCAAUGUCGCAGGAAGAGGUUGAGAACCUGUCGUUGGUCGACGCAAUGCGGGAGAGGAAUGGUACACACGAAUUCGACGGUGUAGCUGGUGAUCUAGUCAUUGGCCGAAAUACAUGGAAGGAGUAUGUUAGAGGACUGCACGAGGGUUGGCUGGGUCCGGCGGAUGCGCCAAAGCAGCCAGAACCCGAGGAAGGCUCAGAUGUGCAGACGGCAAACCACGUACCAGGCGUUCCGUCUCUUGGAGAUGCCGCUGUGAAGGCUGCCGGCAAUAUGGCAUCGCAGCAGGGCGCAGAGUCAGCGCCUUCAGAGGCCACACCCGAGAGCCAGACGACGGAUGAUGCAUCCCCUGCAGCUGAUGCCAAGCAAGAAGAGGAGACGAAAGAGGAAGAAGAGAAGCCCAAGCCACGACAACCUCCACCCUACAUCCAACCUACAGCGUACCCUUCUGCAUCCCUCUCGAAAAGCACACCCGAGACACUUGGUCCCAGCAUCGGCAUUCAGUUCCCGCAUAUUCUGGGUUUCAGGAAUACCCCUAUCCGCAUAUACCGCUUUCUCACCCGUCGACAUCUGGCAGACUCGAUCUGUCAAGAUGUUGCGGCUGCUGUGCUGGCGUCCCACGGGUCCUACUCGACUAGCCUCGCGGCUUCAGACGAUGACAGUACUCCAGGUGCUCCAGAACAAUCGAAGGUGCUGCAGCAUGAAGAGUCAAACUGGUGGAAAACCACUUUCCAGCCACGGAAGGAGCAUGAGGAAAGCGUCUGGAUUGAGGAGAUUGUUUUGGACGACCGGAUAGCGAGCAGGAUGCGCGCAUUCCAGUUGACGGCUGAAGACGAAGAUCGGGCUAAGCGGAUAGCUGAUGGGCGGGAGAAGGUCCCUACCAGAGAAGAUGAAGAGGCAUGA